CCGGUCGGGGAGAGCUCAAAGCGCACAGGAUUUGACAGAUGUUCGAAUCGGAUAAACUGCACCGCAACGAGAGAAUUGGGGAGCAUUUCAGAUUUACAUAGUGGUAGCCCAUAUACGACAAAAUGUCAGGACAAAAGAGUGCGAAUCCGUGUAAUAAAUUCCAAGCGAACAUUUUUUAUAAAAGUAAAUGUCAGAACUGCUUCAAGUCUCGGGAGCUGCAUCUUCCAACUGAUCAUGGUAAGGACCAGGCCAAACCCAUCUAUGGAGGCUGGCUCUGCUUGGCUGCUGAGGGGACAGACUUUGACAAUCCAAUUCAGAGGUCAAGGAAAUGGCAGCGACGAUUCUUCAUCCUGUAUGAACAUGGCAGCAUGAGCUUUGCACUGGAUGAGUUGACAAGCACUCUGCCACAAGGAACAGUGAACAUGAAUCUGUGUACAGCGGUGAUUGACGCAGAGCCUAAGACAGGCCAGAGGAACGCUUUGUGCAUCAUCACACCUGAACAGGAGUUCUUUAUUCGGGGGGAGAACAAGGAGAUCAUCAAUGGCUGGAGUGAACAACUAGUCGUUUACCCACAGACCUAUAAGCAGAAUCAGAAGAAGAAACGUAAAGUAGAACCCACUACUUCCCAGGAGCCCAGCCCAGCAAAGAUGGCUGCCACUGAGCCCAGUUUCUCAGUCAUGAAAAGUGGUGACCCUCGCCUGUGGCAGGGAGAGCGGCCCAGUGGGGGUCCAGAUGUGGCCCCUGUCUGGACUGUGACAGAUACUGAUCCCCUGGGCCUGGACGAGACCCCUGCAGCCUCCAGUGACUCCCUGACCUUUGACGGUAGUCUGCGGCUCUCCAACGGCUCCUGUAUCAGUAGCUCUGUGAGUUCCCUGGACUCUGUGGCCAGCAAGGGGACUGACACCAGCAGCGACAGCCAGCCCACAGAGCCUACGCCAUACAGAGACCACCCACCGGCCAACAAGAACAACAUGGCAGAGAGAAGCUGUUACAAUGAGCCAGGGAAGGCUGGGAGGAGUGCUGUGGGAGAGGACCUGGGUCAGGCUGGAUCCAGGAAGGGGAGGAGUGAAGAUCGCAGCAACCAGAGAGAGAAACUGCAGUCGUGUGGAGAUCUACGCCCAGGUCAACUCACCGUCCCUCCUCCUCAGAGAAGAGCUAAGUCACUGGACCGCAGGACCUCGGAGUCUGUCAUGACUCCUGAUUUGCUGAACUUCAAGAAAGGGUGGAUGAUGAACCUGGAUAAGGAGGAUCAGUGGAGGAAAUACUGGUUUGUGCUGUCAGCUGACAGUCUGAGGUACUACAAGGAUUCCUUCGCAGAGGAGAACUCAGAUUUGGAGGGGGAGAUUGAUUUGACCAAGUGUCAUAAUGUCUCAGAGCACCAGGUCCAGAGGAACUACGGCUUUCAGAUCCAUACCCAGAAGUGUGUCUUCACUCUGUCAGCCAUGACUGCAGGGAUACGGAGAAACUGGAUCCAGGCCCUCAUGAAGAAUGUCCAUCCAUCUAACGCUCCUGAUGUAGCCAGCAGCUUGCCAGUCCAUCACGUCCCUUGCAGCCCAUCAGAGUCACUGCCCCUUCCUAAGCCAGACGUGACCCAGGACUCCUCCCCCUCCUCUGAGGUCCCUACAGAGAGAGUCCAGGGGCCCAAACAGAGCCGCAUCCGUGAGAGGAGACGCGAAGGGCGCUCCAAGACCUUUGACUGGGCUGAGUUCAGCCCUAUGGCCCUGCUAGCCUCUGAGCAGGAGGUGCAGCAGGAGACAAAGGAGCCUCUUCGGAUGGAGGUAGGGGACCUGGAGAGGAAGAGGAGGCGAGAGGAGAGGAGGAGGAGGUAUGACAGCAUGCUAGGCUUCCUUGUGGGCUGGGAGAUGGACUGUGACAGAGGAGGUAUCAGUCCCAGGUCACCCAGGACUCACCAGAGGGUACAGAGGGAGAUUGAACAGUGCUGGCAGCAGGUGGAAAGGACUGCCUUUAGACAGGAGAAGACUGUUCCAUUGUACACUGAGUCCCAGGGCAAGGAUAAAGAGGAUAUGGGGAUUCUGCUGGAGACCUACCACAGGAGGGUAGAGGAGUUGAAGGGCCAGUUGGCAGAGUCAGACCAUCGCAGGCUUGAGCUGGAGGCUCAUUUGAGCACUGCAUUAGGACGCCAGCAUCAUGCCUCCCUGCCGCUUGAGGCCCCAAUGUGCCCAGAAGCUGAUCUUCCCUCUUUGAAAAGCCUGACUGACAUGUACAAGGAGACCAGAGAGCUCCUCCAGCAACAGGAGCUGAAGAAACAGAACAUACAGGAGCAGCUCCAGGAGCAGCUUGGCCUGGCCCUGUCAUCGGCCCCUCUGGAGAAACACAGCUCCCCUGGAACUUACCCAUCACCACCACCCAGUAUCUGGCUACAUGACACCGAGGGAAACCUCCAGGGGCUGGAGGAUCUGUUCCCUGACUGCCCUAUAUCAGUAAACACACCUGUCAUGUCAUCAACCUCAGACACAGAACUCUCAUCCUACUCUGUGCCUCAGAAUGGAAGUGAGAACAGAGGGCCUAACUUGGGCAGUGAAACUAGCUCUCAGACACAGUUUGAAAAUGGAAGCCAUCAACAGACAUCGAUUCCAGAAUCGCACACAAAAAGUUGUGCAUGGAGCCCAGAUUCACUGAGCAUGGGGGAAACUCAGGAAAGAGCCAACAGCGUGAGAAUAGACAACCUACUAUGCUGUGAGACACCCAGACCCACGGAGGAGUACGUAGACCCAGACCAGGCCAUCGUGAUGAGGAGACUAUCCCAGGAGGUAGAGCUGCUCAGCAGCCAGAACGAGGCCCUCAACCAGCGCAACCAGGAGAUGCUCAACCAGCUGACAGAGGCAGACAGAGAGAUAGAGAGACUGAGAGCAGAGCUUAUCACUCAGUACAGUGGGCCUCAGUUCCUCCCUGAGGCAGAGCAGCACAGCCAGACCAAAGUGGAAGGCCUGGAGAAGGAGCUGCGCAGGAGAGAUGAGCAGCUCCAGGAGGCCCAGUCCCUACUAGCCUCAAUGGACCAGCAUCUGAAGAAGACAGAGGUACAGCUGCAGCUCAGGGAGGACACUUUCAAAGACCUGGGCUUCCCAGCAGAAGAGGAUGAUGAUGAUGAUGAUGAUGAAGAGGAGGAAGCUGGGGAAGAGAAUAUCAACACACACCACCUUGGAGAGAAGGAGCGGGAACACCUUCAACAGUGUCUGCAGGCCAUGGAGGCCAAGCAAUUAGAACUAGAGAGACAGCUCCAGCACACAGAACAGACCUGCAGGGAGCUGCAGGCCCACAACACACAACUCAGAGAGGCUGAGCGGUUGUACAGCCAGAGAGCCAUGGAGGCAGAGGGUGACAUCGUAAGGUUUAAUGAGGAAGUAGAGAAGGAAAGGACGGUGGAGAAAGAAAGUGGAUUAAGGUGUAGCAGUGAAGGCAAAUGGCAGGAGGAGGUAAUAUUGGAUUCAGGUGAAGAAAGGGUUCAGCAAGUGAUGGAAGGGAUAAGGUUGAUGUCCAGAACCUUAGGGAGAGUAGUGCAGGUGAUUGACAGGUCAGAUAUGGAUGUGGUAAAGAUGCCAUUAGAUAGAAAGUGUGUGGAGGUGAACAAGACAGUGGUCAGGCAGCUUCAGUUAGAGGAGGAGUUUUGGGGAAGGCUGUUGAACAGUUUGAAAGUCAACCCAUCCCAGUCCAAUGAGGAUAAACUCACAGAUGUGAUUCUAAGUCAGAUUUUAGAACACAUGGUAGUGGAAAAGCAAACGCUCCUCCUAGCUCAUACUCUUUUUUCUCAUAAUAAGACAGAAUUAAACAUAAACACCGGAGGCCUGGACAGGAUGAAUGGAUGCAGCUCUUUGAGAGACCUGGACAUCAUUGGAAACAUAGCAGGUGAAACAGGUUCAGAAAUGAAAGAGGAAGGUGAUGAUGAGAGGAUAUGGAAUGUGUACAACCAGCAUAAUGACACCGAUGACUUCAUAAGCCGACAUUUCACAGAGAUCACACAGGAGAGAAUUUUCCUGCUCAACCAAAUCACCUCCUCAGUCGGAGCCUCGGCCAAUGACGAGCUCCAGUCCCUGGCACAAAGACUUUGUAAUUUCCACAAUGUAAAUGAGCCCCGGUUAGCUUCCAUACACUGCACCGCCAUGGAAGCCUUCUCAUCCUAUCGUCUCAGUAGGCUUAACACUCUACACCAGAGCCAAUUUCAAGAGAUUCAACAGGGACUGCUCAUUGCUUCUUCUCCUUUGAUGUGCAGCAGAUGUGCUGGGCUGCUGAGUGAAAACCAGCAGCUUGGGGCCAGACAGUCAGACCUGGAGAGACAGGGGAGUUCCUCACUGGGAUUAGGGUUGACCCCCCUGAGGCAGGGAGAACACAUAGACUCACAGCAAACAGCCACACAGCUACUAGACACUGCAAGUGAGCAGAAGACAGAGACGCCUGCAAUGAAUGCUGCAGGUAAAAUGGAGGUGGAAAGCCCAAACCAGGGAGUGACUGCAGUAGAGGAAGUGUGCUGGGUUAGAAGGUGUGCAGAGGUGGUGGAGGGUGACUUCCUGACCAACAGCAUUGAGAGUUCAAAGAUAAAGGUAGAGAGUAGGGUAGAUGAGGUAGAGAAAGGAAUCCAGGAAGUUGACACUGAUAAGGAUGUAGAGGAGAGGAGCACUACUGAACCCCAUGAAGAAGCAAACACUGUGGGGGAGGAGGAGCUGGAGAUUGUGUUAUCAUCAAUGAGAGGUCGUGUGAAGGAUCUGGAGGAGCAGCUGUCUGUCAUGGCCAACAUGAAAGCAGAGCAUGAUGGGAGAAUGGCAUCUCUCCAGCUGAACCAUAAGGAGGACAUAGAAAAGCUAAAGGCCACAUAUGAGCAUGGCUUUGUCACCAUGGAGGAGUCCCAGCAGAGGAUCGUGGGGGAACUGCAACACAGACACCAGCAGGACCUGCAGCGCCUGCAGUUAGACACAGACAGACUGCUGGAGGAGGAGACGGCUGCUACUAUCACAGCAAUUGAAGCAAUGAAGAACGCUCACCGUGCCGAACUCAAGAGAGAGAUACAGAGGGCAUGCCAUGAAAACAGCAAUGCAGGAGAUGUGAAUCUUGGAGAAAUAUGCAGGCAACACAGUGAGGAGCUGCUCUCCUGUCACAGGGAGCUGGAGGUGUUGUCCCAGCAGUACUCUCUGAAGUGUCUGGAGAGCUCCCACCUGGGCCAGGCCCUGGAGGCAGAGAGACAGGCUCUGUGUCAGUGUCAGCAGGAGAACCAGGACCUCAGAACUCGCAACCAGGAGCUGAGUGGCCAUCUUGCUGCAGAGAUCACCAGACUUUGCUCUCUGGCCAAGCAGGACGCCUUCCCUCUUAGUCAGGAGAGAAAUGUGUAUGAGCUGGAGAUCUCCCUGCGUGUGAAGGAGUCAGAGGUGCAGUGCCUCAAGCAGAAGAUCACCUCGCUCAAGGAUGAACUCCAGACAGCCCACAGGGAUAAGAGGUAUGCAACAGAGACGUACAAGGACAUCUACACAGAGCUAAGCAUCAUGAGGGCCAAGGCAGAGAGAGACCUGGGACAUCUCAGGGAGAACCUGAUGUUGGCCCACAAAGCACUAGGAGAGCUCUCACCUGCAGUGGACACAGAUAAUAAUGGUAUACAUGACAUUAAGCUGGUGGCCCGGACUUCAGGGAUUCAGAGAUGAACCACUGAUGUGAAAACGACAAGGUGUUGAGUGCUGCCACUCUGAGGCCAAAACCUACAUGACAGCCAAGUCUCGCUGGAUGUUUCCCCAACCACCUCUGGUUUUGGCAGCAUCACUAGUCUGUAUCGUACGGAUGUCAUUCAUUGCGUAAUACAGACAAUUUGUGAAUAACCUCAUUCUGUUAUGUGUCUUAAUAAUAUUGGAUGUAUCUGAAUCCUCUGACUGUUAUCUGUGCAGUUUGCUGUAGCAUGUCAGUUAGUCCUUUAGAUUUUGAAUAACCCUUGACGUUCUGUCCAUUUCUUACACAAAUGAAAGAAAGGGGCUCUAAUUAGAAGUAAUCUUGUACAGUGGUGCAGCAUAACCCUAUAGAGAUCUACUUUGGGUACACAUGUAUAAUACAUAUCUGAAACAUCUGUUUUGCCUUUACAGUGUCUCUUAGGGGUGUGGUUGUCCGUUAUUCUUCCUCAUACAUGCACUUUGACCUCUCAAUACUGGAGCCAACUAGUUGGUUUUAAUCUUUAUACUGGAGGCAACUAAUGGUUUUAAUCCUUAUACUGGAGGAAACUAAUGGUUUUAAUCCUUAUACUGAAGGCAACUAUUGGUUUUCAUCCUUCUUUCAUCCAUCAUAUACUCCCUAGUUCUGUUAGACUGAAUAAUAGAACGGACUGUCCUGGUAAUGUAGCCAACAUUUUGGGCAUGGCUGCACCUUGUGAAUGAUAUUCUACAAAUUCAGUGAAUGGUGUAAUGUUCUUGUAUUUUCUGCAUGUCUGCGAAAUGUAGGAAUGUCAGCGAAAAAAAUAGUAUGCCAUGCCAGUAUUAGAAAAGAUGUUGGUGAUUCUUUAUGUGGCCUGACAGUAAUCACGUUUGAAACACAAGCUUUACCAUUAUGAUUUAAUAGUCAUGAUGCUGGAUCUGAUUUCUGAUAUUUGUUUCUUUCUCCGUAGAGUGUCAAGGAAGAUAACUGCAGCUGAACAAAGAGACACAACGCACAACAUGGAUUGUUCAUCGGUCUAUCCAUGUUUACACCAUUUAGCACUUAGAGAUCCAAAGUUAUAUUGUCAAACAUUUUAUGUCCUAUCUACCGUUGCUGUACUACAGAAUUUUAAAAGCGCAUUAUUUGAGGAUUCUGUAUUUUUACAUCAUUGUAUCUAAACGCACACUACUAUUUAGCCUGUCUGCGUCUGUAGAUAGGUUAGACAUUUUGUAGACGUUUUCCUGACGACUAACAUUUAUCUCAAGAAGUUUGUAAAAUGUGUACAAUUAUUACACUGCUUUGUCCAAUCCAGUUAUUGAACGGGGAUAUUUCUAAAGACAACUCAGAUUAAGUUUGAUUUUCUUACCUGUGAAAUACAUGAACAAGUAUGAAUGUACCGUCUGAGUCUAUAAUGUAAAAGUAUUAUUUG